AUGCAUCUCCUUUUUUAUUUCCUUUUCAUUUUCAUAUACAUCAACCAUGCCGAAACGAGGUGCAUUGAUCGUGACCGGAGGGCACUCUUGCAAUUCAAAAAAGGGCUCGUGGACGAUUAUGCCCUUAUCAAGUCAUGGAGGAAUACCAACAAAACAAAAGAUUGCUGUAAAUGGAGAGGUGUAGGAUGCAGCAACGACACUGGCCAAGUCAUCAAGCUUGAUCUUCAUGUAGAUUUCAACGCAAGUGUUGGCCAAUUUUUUGGUCUAAGUGGUCAGAUCGAUUCUUCAUUGCUUUCAUUAAAUUCUUUGACAUAUUUAGACCUGAGUGGAAACAGUUUCACUCGCAAUCUUUCCAGCUUACAAACUCUUGAUCUUGCAACUACAUCGGUGGUCAUUAAGAACACAGAUUGGCUCUCUCGUCUUUCCUCACUCAAGUACCUAAAUCUUAGUUAUAUAGACCUCAGUGAAUCUGUUGGGUUACUUAAUAACGCCAUCACAUUGCCCUCCCUCGUAGAGUUGCAACUUGAAAGCUGCUCGCUUCCCAAUAACACUGCCAAAUCGUUCAAUCGCACCAUGAUCAUCAACUCCUCUGUUUCUUUUGCAGUUGUUAAUAUUAAUUCUAACGAUCUUCCAAACUCUAUGAUAUAUCCAUGGUUAUUCAAUUUUAGUAGCAGCCUUACUUACAUCGAUCUAUCUAACAACAAGCUACUUGGUAUCAUUCCUGAAGCAUUUGGUACAUUUAAAAACCUCCAAACCCUAGAUUUGACCAACAAUGGCCUCGAAGGUGGUAUCCCAAGCUCAUUUCAGAACUUGAGCAACAUUCAGGAACUUUUCCUAACUGGGAACAAUCUCAACCAAGAUCUUCCCAGCCUUUUCCACAACCUCUCUGGCCCCGGACCCGAGAGAUCUUUAAUAGUUCUGGAUUUAUCUUAUAACCAGCUAAGCGGUUCGUUGCCUGAUUUUACAACAUUCACAUCUCUCAAGGAACUGUACCUUGAACAAAAUCAGUUGAACGGUUCUUUCCCAGAAAAAUUUGAAAAAAUCUCGAAUCUUUCCAUCCUUGAUUUGGCGGAUAACCGUAUCAAUGGAUUUCUCCCUGAUCUUUAUGUUUUCGCUUCUUUGUGGGAAUUGUAUUUUGAGAGAAACCUAUUAAAUGGAACUCUAGCUGAAAAGUUAGAGCCUCUCUCCAUGCUCGAGUCUUUGGGCGCAUCUUCGAAUUCUUUUGAAGGUACGAUCUUUGAAACACAUGUUUCUAAUCUUUCUCGUUUGACUUACCUCGAUCUGUCGUUUAAUUCGUUGGCUUUAGAAAUUGAUUCCGAUUGGUCUGCAACUUUUCAACUCGAAACCAUCUCGUUGUCAUCCUGCAAACUCGGGAGUUCUUUCCCGGGAUGGCUAAGAACUCAAACGAAUUUCUCUGUGCUUGAUAUAUCUAACACCGGAAUCAUUGAUUCCGUCCCUAGUUGGUUCUGGGAGUCGUUGAUUCCGGGCAUUCGUUACUUAAAUCUCUCCUCCAACCAGAUCCAUGGCCUGAUUCCGGAUUUUAUAUUUGGUAACCAACCUAUAAUCGAUAUGAGCUCAAAUAACUUCUCGGGUAACUUACCAUUGUUUCCUCUUGACACCAUUACUCUAAAGCUCAACGACAACAUGUUAUCCGGGCCGAUUUCUUCCUUGUGUAACCUGACUGGCUUAAUCCGGCUUGACCUUUCUAAUAACAAACUGUCGGGAGAGCUUCCAGACUGCUGGAACAGUCUUAACAUCCUGGCUAUUCUGAACCUCGAAGACAAUGGAUUUACGGGGAAAAUUCCGGACUCCAUAGGGGCCCUUGAAGGGAUUGAUAUGAUGAGUAUGAGAGGCAAUAACUUGACUGGAAACCUACCAUCGUCCUAA